UAGAGAAAAACAGAGAAGAGAAAAGCCUCCUCCGCCAUGAAACGACAAUAAAUUGCUCUCCGCGCCGGACUUCUUCACCACCAUCCCGUCUAUUUCUCUUCCCCUAUUCAGCCCUCCAUCCUCCGUUAAAGAAAUAUUUAAAAGCUUCAAGCUUCACACCAUUUGCCAAAAAUUGGCAAGGAUUCAGGUACUUCUCCAUAACAAUCCAUUGUUCUUCUUCGAAAUGAAGUUGAAUUGGAUAAAAAUUGUUUCUAAUUUGAGACAGUCAAGGCAUGUUCUCUCCCUAAAUACCAAAAAAAGGUUGCCGGAGUCAUAUUUGUGUAGAAUUGCUGCAUUUUCUGAUCGCAGUCUAGUUAGAGAGUAUUGUUCUGGGGGGGAUGGUAGGGAAGAUUCAAAUGUUUGGACUGAGGAAAUUGAUUAUUUAGAUGAAUCAGGCAGCGUUAUUUACUCUGGUAAGGGAAUUAGGUCCGUGGAACCAAAGAUUGAUGAUCAUGUGAUGGCUGGAGGGGUGAGGAAGCCGAUCAUGAACGUUGCGGCUGUGGCGAAGAUAGUUGAGGUGGUGAAAAGGUGGAGAUGGGGGCCUGAGAUGGAGGCUCAAUUAGAUAAGCUGCCAUUUUUGCCAAACACGACUCACAUCACUCAGGCAUUGAAGAUAAUUGAGGAUAGUGAUGCCGUGUUGAGUUUGUUCCGUUGGGGGAAGAGGCAGCCAUGGUAUUUGCCUACUGAUGAAUGCUAUGUUAUGCUGUUUGAUAAGUUGAAUUUGAGUAGGGAUUUCGAGGGUAUUCAGUCUGUUUUUGAGGAGAUGGUUAGCAAUUUGGGUGCGAAUGAGGUUUCCUCGUUUGGUGCAUAUAAUAGGGUUCUUCAAUAUAUAGCAAAGUCAGAGAAAUUGGAGAUUACUUUCUGUUGCUUCAAGAAAGUUCAGGAGCUGGAUUGUAAACUUGAUACUCAGACAUAUAAUACACUUAUAACCCUGUUUCUGACUAAAGGGCUACCUUACAAGGCGUUUGAGAUCUAUGCAAACAUGGAGAAGGACGGAUGCUUGUUGGAUGCUUCGACUUAUGAUUUGAUGAUACCCAGUCUUGCAAAGUCUGGCCGUCUCGAUGCUGCUUUCAACCUCUUCCAGGAAAUGAAAGCGAAGAAUUACAGGCCAACUUCUGGCAUAUUUGUUUGUUUGAUCGAUACAAUGGGGAAGGCAGGGAGGUUGGAUACAGCAAUGAAGGUGUACAUGGAAUUGCAAGGUUUUGGGCUGAGGCCAUCUGGAGCUAUGUUUGUUUCUUUAAUUGAGUCGUUUGUUAAGGCUGGGAAGCUUGAGACAGCUUUGAAGCUCUGGGAUGAGAUGAAAAGGUCGGGGUUUAGGCCUAACUAUGGUUUGUACACUAUGAUUGUUGAGGCUCAUGCUAAAUCAGGGAAGCUUGAGAUUGCAAUGUCGAUUUUCUCAGACAUGGAAAAGGCUGGAUUUUUACCCACGCCAUCAACCUACUCCUCUCUAUUGGAGAUGCAUGCUGCUUCUGGACAAGUAGACGCUGCAAUGAAAUUGUACAACUCCAUGGCUAAUGCGGGCUUGAGGCCGGGUCUGAGCACUUACACGGGUCUUCUGACUUUACUAGCGAAAAAGAAGCUUGUGGAUGUGGCUGCAAAAGUCUUGCUUGAGAUGAAGGCAAUGGGUUAUUCAGUUGAAGUGAAUGCUAGUGAUGUUCUCCUGGUUUUCAUAAAAGAUGGCUCUGUUGAUCUUUCUUUGAGGUGGCUGCGCUUUAUGGGCUCAUCAGGGAUUCGAACAAACAACUUCAUCAUUAGACAACUAUUUGAGUCGUGCAUGAAGAAUGGCUUGUAUGAGUCUGCCAAGCCUCUACUUGAAACAUAUGUAAACGCUGCUGCUAAGGUUGAUCUCAUACUUUACACCUCGAUUCUAGCUCAUCUUGUUAGAUGCCAGGAGGAGCACAACGAGAGGCAUCUGAUGUCGAUCUUGAGUGCUACAGAUCAUAAGGCUCAUGCUUUCCUUUGCGGGCUCUUCACUGGGACAGAACAGAGGAAGCGACCAGUUUUAUCAUUCGUGAGAGAGUUUUUCCAAGGCAUUGAUUAUGAAUUGGAGGAAGGAGCUGCCCGGUACUUUGUCAACGUGCUCCUCAACUACCUCGUCCUGAUGGGACAGAUAAAUCGUGCUCGUUGUGUCUGGAAAGUUGCAUAUGAGAAGAAGCUUUUCCCUAAAGCGAUUGUGUUUGAUCAACACAUCGCUUGGUCCCUGGACGUGAGGAAUCUCUCUGUCGGGGCAGCUCUUAUAGCGGUCGUGCACACGCUCCACAGGUUCAGGAAACGGAUGUUGUACUAUGGUGUUGUCCCACGGCGGAUUAAACUAGUCACGGGGCCAACUAUGAGGAUAGUGAUAGCGCAGAUGCUGUGUUCCCUCGAAUCACCAUUCGAGGUUAGCAAGGUGGUGUUGAGGGCCCCCGGAGAUUCAAUUCUUGAGUGGUUUAAGAAACCAAUUGUGCAGCAAUUUCUCUUGAAUGAGAUUCCAUCAAGAUCUGACAUCUUGAUGCAUAAGCUCAACACCAUCUUCCCUAGCUCAGCACCUGAAAUCAGAUCGUUGUCUCCUCCUAAGCCCCCUGUUGCUGGAAGGGGAUUGGGAAUGAACACAUGAGAAUGAUCACAGGUGAUUUUGAUAAUUUUUAUCAAAUCCAUAAAUAUGUAUUUGCUCAUCAUAUUUCUCUGGGAUCACGAUGUAUCAGAAAUAUUUUUAGUAAUAUGCCAUGAUUUAUGGUA